AUGCCUCUCUACCAGCCCCCCAAUGUGAACGAGAACGUCCUGUCUCAGUUCUCUCUCAACGGCAAGAUUGCUGCUGUCACGGGUGGUUCUCGUGGUAUAGGUCUAGAGAUAGUCAAGGGCCUCGCAGAAGCCGGUGCAGACGUUGCCAUAAUCUAUACCGCCAGCGCGGAUGCCCACGAGACAGCUGCAAAGAUUGCCGUAAAGACAGGCGUCCGGGUGCAAGCGUACCAAUCCGAUGUUACCUCUCGCAAUACAAUUGCCGCGACUAUCAACCAGAUUACAGAAGAGUUCGGCCAUGGCCAUCUCGAUAUAGUUGUGGCCAACGCGGGCGUUUGCACCAACUGUCCUAAUCUGGAGUAUACUGAAAAUUCGUGGGCAAGAGACAACUGCGUUAACUAUGACGGUGUGAUGUGGACGGCCCAGGCGGCUGGGAAAGUCUUCAAGAAACAGGGAAAGGGCAACCUGGUUAUUACCGCCUCUGUCAGCUCGAUCCUGGUCAACAUCCCUCAGACGCAGGUCGCAUAUAAUGCUUCCAAGGCUGCUGCGGUGCAUCUAGCGAAGAGUUUGGCUGUGGAGUGGACUGAGUUUGCCCGUGUAAACUGCAUUUCACCGGGUUUUGUGAUGACAAAGAUGCUCACCCAGCAGCCCAAGAAGCUAUUUGAGCAAUGGUUGAACAUGGUCCCCGGCCGUCGUAUCUGUGAUCCGGCCGAACUGAAGGCUGCGUAUGUUUUCCUUGCAAGCGAUGCUUGCAGCUAUAUGACUGGCUCCAACCUGGUGAUCGAUGGGGGUUACACCUUGCCGUGA